AUGAUCUGUCAGGUCUACGUCAGCAACUACCUGUCCGCGAAUAAUAUAACAAUACGGAGGGUCUCACCUUCAGUUGCGCCAAUCCUGCCCCAGUCAAAGACGUCAACGUCGCUUGCUUCACGUUUGGCUUUACGAAAUCCUACACCCGAUAGACGCUUGCUACGGCCGAUUGGGCCCCCUCUGCCUCACAGCUAUUCGACAGGCAGCAUUCCUUGCUUCUCAGAUGCGGCUACGACUCCUUCGCCACAGAAAGGUCCUCCUGUUCCCCGAUUGACUGUUCCAAGUUCGGAAGAUCUCGAAGUCAGCGUUGCGGAUGCUAUUCGUGAAAGCCGGAUGACCAACAACGAGAUCGAGCUUCUGAAACAAGUUCAAAGAGAAGUCGUUGCGAACCAAAACCGGUUGAGGGCAAAGUACAGCAGUCCAAGAUAUACUUCAAACGAGCGAGCAAACGACAACACCCAUAAUGAUCGCACUGAUUGCCCAGCCCGCGAGCCAGGCGCGGUGUCUCCCAAGAUCGACACAAGUCUGGCAAAGACGGAAGCUGGAGAACUUGUCUCUAAGGUUCAAGCCACUACCAGCAAGACCAGUGACGGAGCAGCCGAUGAUCGUACCUUCAAUCCCAAGCAUGUCUAUUUCGAGCAGGACGCUGCCUAUUGGACAGGUCGAUACAUGACUAUCUGCGACCGUUUAAGAGGUGAGAGUUUACAAUUCUCGCUCAGGUCCAAAUCCCUUUCGCCUACUUCGUCGGAAGGAUCUUCACUAGAGUCAUACGAGUCGCAGGAUCGAAAGCGGAUGCGCACGGCACUCUUUGAGCUCCGGUCGUUUUGCAAGACCGAGAAGGCUCGUGACAGCUUCGCAGUCUUUGAGAAGAAGCUGACGCAAGGUUGUGCCCGGUCUGAUAUCCCGAGCUCCACUAGCAGCCAGAGCUUGACAGAGCCCUCUGAUCAAGUUGCUAUUAUGCAAGCCAGUGCCAGAGUGCGUCGCAACCUCGCGCGCUCUCACGCAUCCGGAAAAGAUUCGUACAUGACUAGUACCUCGGAAACCGCAUCAUUUCAAUGGCCCAAAGCCGACGUGGCCAUGCCAAACAUCUUUGGUCGACUCGCGCUAGCUAAAAGCAAAACAACAGGUAACAUGGCAGAGCUGACAGCUGACUCAUCAGGUCAACGAGAACAGGCAGCGCGAUCUGGGAUCGGACGGCAUGACCAUCGAAAAUCGUCCACGCUGAGCGUAUCGGAGAGCAUACCUCCAGUCAUCCAGGAAGACACGACUGAGCAGCCAUAUCACCGCCCGUCACAUUCAAUUGGAGCCCGAAGGCACAAGAGACAAUCCUCGAACCUCAGUGUUGUCAGCACUGUUGGACGGUCUGACGAGAUUGCCCCCGGAGUCACGGUUUCCUGUAUCGAGAGUGGGCAUCCGCCAGUACCUCCCCUGCCAGCUACGAAGUCAUUGCCAGCCCCACAGUCAUAUGGAGUCAUGGUCAAAGGUGAGAAGCAACGACGGUCCAGUGGCGAGGUCAUGAAGAGCUUUUGGUAUGCUGGUGUCGACCAGGUCAAAAAGAUGGGUGCGGGACGAGAACGAGGUUAG